CUCGGCAAUCCCAUAGAGUGGCUGGCUCUGGUCGCUGGACGCGUGUAAGUGAGAGGCCGGAAGCAACGGGAGCCGGUAACGUGGUGGAGCGGAAGUAGGUAGCGGAAGCCCUGCCUGGAGUCGCUUGAGAGAUUAGAUAAAGCCUGAAACACUGUCAUGGUAAAGAAGAGAGGGACGAACCUCCCCGCCCAGGACUUUCUUGAUGCAGAACCUGUGUGCAAGCACCUGCGGAAGGCCCUGGAUGAUGGAAGUGUGAAGAGGGCGCUGGUGAAUGUGGAAUGGACAAUGUGCCAGGACUGCCAGGCAGACAACAAGGAGAAGAAUAACUCCGAGGAUGAGUCGGCUGAAGACCCUUCUGUCUGGCUGUGUUUAAAAUGUGGACAUCGGGGCUGUGGCAGAAAUUCAGUGGCCCAGCAUGCACUGAACCAUUACAACACCCCCAGGUCAGAACCACACUGCCUGGUCCUUAACGUUGAUAUGUGGAGUGCAUGGUGCUACUUAUGCGACAACGAGGUUCCCUAUAACCGCAGUAGUCGGUUAGGCCAGCUGGUGGAUUAUUUGCAAAGAAAAGCCAAGGCAAAAAGCAAAAAAUCUAAUUCAGUAGUCUCGAAUGAAGAAGUUAAAACUGAAACUGUGACUGAGAAUGAAGUCAAGAAGAUUCAGGAUCAAGAUGAGAAGCCCGAUGUUCAAGCCAAACAGGAAAAAGCCAACAGUACCCCGAAAAUUAGUACCGAGCCUACAGUGAAAGGACUUAGCAAUUUGGGGAACACGUGUUUUUUCAAUGCAGUGAUGCAGAACCUAUCCCAGACCCCUGCUUUAAGCGAACUUCUAAAUGAGGUUAAAACAUUUAGAAAACCAGUGACUGUCCUACUGCCGGAUUCAUCAUCUCCUAAAAUUCUAGAGGUAAAUCUAGAGCAGCAGCCAGGACCACUGACCUUGGCAAUGUGGCAAUUCCUGACUGAAAUGCAUGAGACAAAAAAGGGAGUUGUCACCCCCAAGGAGCUCUUUUCUCAGGUCUGUAAAAAAGCAAUACGGUUUAAAGGCUACCAGCAACAAGAUAGUCAGGAAUUACUUCGCUACUUGUUGGAUGGAAUGAGAGGAGAGGAAAUCCAGAGAGUAACCUUGGCAAUGUCCAAGUCACUACAGAGCACUUUAGAUGAAGAAGAAAUUAAAAAGAUUGUGAAAGAUUAUGAAAAGCGUCGAACGAUUCCAAACUUUGUGGACUGUUUGUUUGGGGGAGAGCUGACUAGCACAAUCAUGUGUGAGGAGUGUCACACGGUGUCAUUGGUUCAUGAACCUUUCCUUGACCUCUCUCUGCCUGUGCUGGAUGAUUUGAUUGUUAAAAAAAAUAGUAAGUCAACACCGCCAGCUCGGGAGAGGAAAGAGGAAGAAGAAGAAGAGAAUGAUGAUGACCGCUACGUGAAGGAAAGAGAUGAAGUAUCGCCUGGGGCGAGCAAACACCUGCAGAAGAAAGCAAAGAAGGCAGCUAAAAAGCAAGCCAAGAACCAACGCAGACAGCAGAAAUGGCAAGGGAAGACAGUGCUAUUCACUGAUUUGGCCAAGCAAGAGUGUUCGGAGGAUGAGGAAGAGGUUUCGCAAAAUAAUACUGAGUCAGAGACCAACGCCAGGCCAGAUAAUGAGACCCCUACAGCUGAUGACUUAAACACAAUGGAAACAGAUCUGUCCACUCUUGAAAACGGCAAUGAGGAAACGGCCGAUGGCUUAAACACAAUGGAAACUGAUUUGUCCACUCUUGAAAACGGCAACAAGGAAAUGGCUGGUGGCUUCAAAACAAUGGAAACGGAUCUGUCCACUCUUGAAAACGGCAGCGAGACUAUUAAAAGUGCGGUAGAAGGAAUCACGGAACAUACAGACCUUGAUUCUUCUGUGCAUAACAAUGUGGGGAGUGUGGAGACGAAUGCACUUGUGGGUACUAUGGAAAACAACAAUAACAAUAACAUAGAAGUGAAUAAAACCCCUGAGAGAACUGCAGGCAGUGGAGGAGACAGCAUGGAAGCCAUGGCCGCUGUGGAGAAUGGAAAUGCUGAUGCAGUCAAUGUGGAUGAUACGGAGGCUGUCAAUGGUUUAUCAGACAGUACCAGUGCCAAUAUGGAUCAUGAACUAACAAACUCUUUAAACAGACUCCAGCUGAGCUCUGAUCUAGAACCCACCCAGGUAGAGAUAGAGAUAUUACCCGACAAAGAGCAGCCCCACACGCAAGUCUACGAGGUGGUAAAUGAAGACCCCAAAACUGCAUUCAGUACACUUUCUAAUAGGAAGGAUCUGCCCAUAGAUGAGUUUUCUGUGCUCAGUUGCCUCUAUCAGUUCACUCACAAAGAGACCCUCACUGGGAACAACAAGCUGCUCUGUAAUGUCUGCACCCGGAAACAGGCCAGCAGGCUGAACAACAGUAAUAAAGGGGAGAAGAAGUUUGUUUACACUAAUGCUAAGAAGCAAAUGUUGGUGUCAGACCCCUCUCCCAUCCUCACUCUCCAUUUGAAGAGGUUCCAGCAGAAUGGCUUUAAUUUACGGAAGAUUAACAGGCAUAUAAAGUUCCCUGAGGUGCUAGACUUGGCUCCAUUCUGCACAGCAAAAUGUAAGAACGUUCCUGAAGGAGAGUCGCGGUUACUGUACUCCCUGUACGGCGUUAUUGAGCACAGCGGCAGCAUGAGGUCCGGCCAUUACACCGCGUUCGUCAAACUGCGCCACCCGAACCAGCAGCUCUGCAAGAUGUUAUUUACUGGAGACAUUCCAGAAGUCUCGGGAAGUGAACCUGGGCAAGGCAGCUGGUACCACAUAAGCGACAGCCACGUCCAAGCAGUGUCCCUUUCCAGAGUGCUGAGCUCCCAGGCUUACCUGCUCUUCUAUGAGCGAAUGCUGUAACCUGGAGAGACAUUCUGCCCCGGGGCUCUGCUGAAUAACCAACGAAUAUUUAUUAAGUGAACUACCAACAUCUUCGUUUGGAUUCAACAAGCCGAAGAUACACGGUCACAGAUGAUUAUAUAUUGUGCUGCGACUAAGAAUGCGACUGACGUGUUCCUGAGACAGAUCUUACGCCUCAACAGCAGGAUUAUUUAUUGAUGUUUAUACCAGUAAGAAAACUGAAAGUAGGAGUGAGCCAUGUACUAGGGGUGUGCGUCAUUGUCCUGCAAGAUGCUAUCGAUGGGUUUGUUCAUUGCUCCAGCCCAGGGAGGCAACAACUGAUACAGCCUUAUGCUGCAGAGGAGGCUGAUUUUGAUUGAAUAGCAGAACGUCUACUUUCUCUUUAAGAGCAAUAGAACCAAUCGAAGCAAGUUGGGAGUCUGGUGACACUUGCAGGGCCAGAACAUGAGCAGAUGGACCUUCCUUCACCUACAACAAUAUGCAAUAAAUUCUAUAUUUUAAAUGAA